AAGCAUUGUGGGACUAGAGCCUCAUUACCUGAUCAGCUGCAGACUGAGAAGGAGCCUCUCUGACCACUGGAUGAAGACAGACAGCAUUGGACCAUCAGCUACUAUGAAACUGUUACAGGAAACGGAGGAUGCAACAAACGACAGAAAGUUCAUAAAAUCUCAGGUGGAGAAACGUCGCAGGGAGCGGAUGAACCGCAGUCUGGAGUGUCUGAGAAACAUGUUGCUGCAGGAGCCACAACAACUGGGUGGGGCUCAGCGCAGGGUGGAGAAAGCUGAGAUACUCGAACACACAGUCCUCUUCCUCCAGAACACUGCCAAAGAAGACAAGACGAGAGCUGGAGGUGGAGGUGGAGGCCGGAAGCACUCCUUCCAAGACGGCUUCUCCACCUGCCUGCAGAGAGCCGCUCAGUUCCUGGGACCUGAGGGGAAAGGCUUGUGGCUCGGAGCAGCGCUGGACGCAUCUUUUGCCGCUCGCUUCGCCCGUUCAGACUCUGAUUCUGCAGGCGUCCAGGGGAGAACUGAGGCCCGCUCCUCCACCAGCUCUCUGCCACGGACAAAGUCCAUUCUUCGGAUGCUUCGGCAAAAGUCUAAGCACAGACUGGAUACACGAGCCUACGCUGUGAACAGUUCAGUUGUUCAUCCCUACCAACGUCCGGUCCAGAAAGGGUUUCCCAGAGUUCCCCAACAGCCUCAGAAAAAAAGUCAGCUUGAGUUGAGGGUGGCGAGUCGAGCGAGCAAACAGAGCCCGUCCCAGAGCUGCCCGCUCAGCCAGACGAUGUGGAGGCCCUGGCCCUGAUCAUCACCUCUGACACUGAACUUUUAAUGACUCUGACAAAUGAAUAAUAAUAUAAUAUAUAUUAUUAUUACUAUAAUGAUAUUCACUGGUGCCACCUGUAUUGUUUCUUAAAGAAUAUCUGCAUUGUAGUCUUGCAAACAACGGUCUUUGAUAACUCAUAACAGUGUUGGUGUUCACCCACAGCCUCAAAGUCUGUAAAUAAUGUAAAAAAUCUCAUUUGUACAUGUGCUGUAUGUGUGAUAGGGUUGACUCACGACUCUUGUUUAAUGCUUCUGAAUGAGCUCAGACAGCGGGGCAGCCGUCUAUUCUGCUGACACAGGCACAGGGACUCUCCCAGACUGGGACAGACGUGAGCCGGAUCACGUGGCUGAGCGGGGGCCGUCCGGCCGGGACUGCUGCUGUGCAGAGAGGCGAGUUCAGAGGUGAGUAUUAUGGAGAGAAAAGUCUGCCUCCUCCUUCACACACUGCUACAACCCUCUGCUACACCUGCUAUCAUGAUUCAAGAGUGUGAUACUGAAGUGGAUAAUGAUUGAGUGUCCGUCCAUCACAUUUCCAGGUGUGGGAAGUCAGGGCUUGAGGCUGGGAGAGCCCCAUACAGCAUCUCACAUUCACCUGUGUGCCAUGAUGUCUGCUGGCCUGAAUGACAUUUGCGUACAAUAUAACUUGUAUUCUCUUUAAAUAUAUAUCUUGUCUAUUUUGCACACUAAUUUAUUCUGGAUGUCUCCCUAUGGUGAGCUGUAUU